AUGGAAAUGCUACGUGCCACAAUGCCCAUAAAAAGAUGGCGGACACGCCUUGAUCGUGAUGGGCCCAAUGCCUUGACGCCUCCCAAAACAACACCCGAGUGGGUUAAAUUUUGCAAAAACCUGUUUGGUGGAUUUUCUCUUCUACUGUGGAUUGGCGCUGUUCUAUGUUUCAUAGCACACGGUAUUCUUGCAAGUGUUCAGGAGCAUCCUUCCAAUGAUAACCUCUACCUGGGUGUCGUGCUAGCUGCUGUGGUCAUAAUUACCGGAUGUUUCUCAUACUACCAAGAAUCAAAAUCCUCGAAAAUUAUGGAGUCCUUCGCUAAGAUGGUUCCCCAGUUUGCUGUGGUCAUUCGUGGAGGUCAAAGAGUAGAUGCUCCGGCAGAAGCUCUUGUGGUUGGUGACAUUAUCGAGGUGAAGUUCGGUGAUCGUGUGCCUGCUGACAUUCGUGUUAUCCAAGCCAGCUCUUUCAAGGUCGACAACUCUGCACUGACCGGAGAGUCUGAGCCCCAAUCGAGAACGGCUGAAUACACCAAUGAAAAUCCCCUGGAAACUAAAAAUUUGGCUUUCUUCUCUACCAAUGCUGUAGAAGGCAAGUUUUCCCCAUUUCAGUUGUUCCUGCCCCUGAUAUUUACCGCAUUUUUCUACUAUAUUUCAGGUACCGCUAGGGGUAUCGUCGUCGCCACCGGUGACCGUACCGUCAUGGGUCGUAUUGCCAACUUGGCUUCUGGUUUAGAAAUGGGUGCUACCCCCAUUGCCAGGGAGAUUGCGCAUUUUAUUCACAUUAUCACGGGUGUGGCUGUUUUCCUCGGCGUGUGUUUGACCCUAACUGCGAAGCGAAUGGCUAGCAAGAACUGCCUGGUUAAGAACUUGGAAGCCGUCGAGACUUUGGGCUCUACUUCAACCAUCUGCUCUGAUAAGACGGGUACCUUGACACAAAACAGAAUGACUGUUGCUCAUAUGUGGUUCGAUAACCAGAUCUUUGAGGCUGAUACCUCUGAUGAACAGUCAACUGCUAAUUUCAACAAAGAGUCAUCUACUUGGUUGGCCCUGGCCCGCAUUGCUAUGCUCUGCAACCGAGCUGAAUUCAAGGCUGGUGAAGAAUCGAAACCUGUACUGAAACGUGAAUGUAAUGGUGAUGCUUCGGAAUCAGCUCUGCUCAAGUGUGUCGAGAUGUCCAUCGGUGGUGUCACUCAGUACCGCAAAAGGAACCCCAAGGUUUCGGUCCAUGACACGGAUGACAACGAUGGUCGUUACUUGGUCGUCAUGAAGGGAGCGCCAGAGCGUAUUUUGGACCGCUGCAGCACCAUACUAAUCGAUGGUCAAGAUCAGGUUCUGGACGAAGCAUGGAGGGAAAAAUUCAACAACGCCUACCUCGAGUUGGGUGGCAUCGGCGAGCGUGUCCUUGGUUUCUGUGAUCUGCGACUCCCCGCUCAGGACUUCCCCAGGGGUUUCGCCUUCGACGUGGAAACUCAGAACUUCCCCAUCGAUGGCCUGCGAUUUGUUGCCAAAGCCAUUGCCAAGGGUGUCGGAAUUAUCUCCGAUGGCAACAAGACCAUCGAGGACAUUGCAGCCGAGCGCGGAGUGCCUGUUAGCCAGAUUGUGUUCGCGCGUACCAGUCCUCAGCAGAAACUGAUUAUUGUCGAGGGCUUCCAACGCCAGGGCGCCAUUGUGGCCGUCACAGGGGAUGGUGUCAACGAUUCACCUGCCCUGAAGAAGGCUGAUAUCGGUGUGGCCAUGGGCAUCACUGGUAGCGAUGUGAGCAAACAGGCCGCGGACAUGAUCCUUCUGGACGACAACUUUGCCUCAAUUGUUACCGGUGUUGAAGAAGGUCGUAUCAUCUUUGAUAAUCUGAAGAAGUCUAUUGCCUACACUCUGACGUCCAACAUUCCUGAGAUCACGCCUUUCCUGGUGUUCAUCCUCGCUGAUGUACCCCUGCCUCUCGCCCCGCUCGCCCUGGGCUGCCAAAUCCUUGAGAGUGCGUGGUUUAACAUGACGUUUUCUCCCUCCAUCCCCCUUCGUGUUACCCCUAGGUUCCUGCUAUUUCCCUGGCCUACGAAGAAGCCGAGAGCGACAUCAUGA